AUGGAGAAUGUGAAACUAGUUGAGAAGGUUGUAAAUGCACCAGAAAAACUGAAACAGCCCCGGAGACUUUUCUUAUCAAACAUAGACCUGGCCCUUGUUGUGUACCAAGAGACGGUUAUCUUUUUUGAUCCUCCAAGCAAUGGGAUGAGCUUCUCCGAGGCUUAUCAUAGCUUGUUUCACACACUCGGUCCCUUGCUAGCUGAAUAUGAUUUCUUAGCCGGGCGGCGUGUGCCAAGUUUGGAAGACAGCAAUCACUUUGAAAUCGAAUGCAACGGUGCAGGUGUUGUUGUUGCUGCAGCUAGGACAGAUACCAAGCUGGAUGAAUUUGGUGAGCUUUUGGUACCCAAGAAAGAGUUCAGGCAGUUUGUUGCUUUCUUGCCACAAGAGGCUGAGGAAAUGGAUCACAAAGAUAAGCCCCUUGUGUCGUUUCAGUUCACUCAGCUUGGAUGUGGAAGCCUAGUGUUUGCCUCCAGGUUCAAUCAUUGCGCAGUCGAUGGGGUUGCAGUCCGGGAGUUUGAG